AUGUUGGCCCCAACCAAAAUUGUAAGAUGGGUUUGGCGGGAACCAAGCUGUGAGGUGACCGACAGAUACAUCGCAUCUACCUGGUGUGGUGUGGAGGACUCGAAGGUGCUUCUUUCCUCCCCCUCGUUAUUGUCAUGUCUCAGUGACAUUGCUGGAGACGAGACGAGAGGACUGGCCAGCAAGGUCGUCCUGUGCUGGUGCCAUAGUGCUGGUAGCUUUGUCUUCCAUCUCCUCUUAAUCAAGGAGUUGGGAACAAUGGCUGCUGCAGGGUGGCUAGAUGUCACCAUAAUUGGUGCGAGGGAUCUCAAGGACACGGAGAUCUUUGGCAUGCAAGAUCCGUACGCGGUUCUGAUCUACGGUCAACAGACUCACCGCACCAAGACUCACAAAGACGGACACACGUCGCCGGUGUGGAACACGACCUUCCGCCUGAACGUUAUCCAUGGCGUCGACGAGGCCCAACUCGCAGUCUGGAACGAAAACAGGAAGGCGGAUGACAAGAUUGGGACUUGCAAGGUGAAUAUCCGACAGGCCUUCAGCCUUCCCGUGUGGGACACGUGGCAUCCUCUCUUCACUCCCAAGGGCAGGCAGCAGGGGAGUCUUCGUCUCGCUCUAAAGUACUACCCGCCUCUCGGUGCACCUGGCGCCCCCGCCGCCGCAGCAGCAGCAGGAGCAGCAGCUGCUUCCCACUCCGCCCAACCCCCCCACGGAUACCCCCAGCAGCACGCCCCUCCCCCGGGCGGCCACGCCCCUCCCCCUGGCGGCCAUGCCCCCCCGCCAUCUGGUUACCCUGGUUACCCGGCCCAAGGCGGUUACCCUGGCGCUGCCCCCGCGCCCUAUGGCGCUCCUCCGCCUGGCGGGCAUGUCCCCGCGCCCUAUGGCGCUCCCCCCCACGGUGGACAACCCCCUGCGCCCUAUGGCGCCCCUCCUCAAGGCUACCCGCCUGCUGGGCAUGCGCCCGCCCCCUAUGGCGCUCCCCCUCCCCACGGUUACCCUCCCCAGGGUUACCCGCCACAGGGUUACCCUGGUUAUGGUGCUCCUCCUCCCGCCCAUGGGCAUGCGCCUCCUCAUGUGCAUCAUGCUCCUAAGCCGGCUGUGGUGGUGGUGCAUGGCCAUGGCCACCACCACCAUCACAAGCGCAAGUUCAAGGGCUUCAUUGGUAAGCGGAAGGGGUUCUUUGGUAAGAGAAAGGGGUUCUUGGGGAAGCGCAAGGGCUUUUUCGGAGGCAAGGGCUUUUUCUAA